CCAUUCAGCUGCUCAGUCUGUAAGAAAGCUUUUUCACAGAGUGGAAAUUUAAAGACACACAUGAGAGUCCACACAGGAGAGAAACCAUUCACCUGCUCAGUCUGUAAGAAAGCUUUUUCACAGAGUGGAAAUUUAAAGGACCACAUGAUAAUCCACACAGGAGAGAUACCACACAGCUGCUCAGUCUGUAAGAAAGCUUUUUCACAGAGUGAACAUUUAAAGAGACACAUGAGAGUCCACACAGGAGAGAAACCAUUCAGCUGUACAGUCUGUAAGAAAGCUUUUUCACAGAGUGGAUAUUUAAAGACACAUAUGAGAAUCCACACAGGAGAGAAACCAUUCACCUGCUCAGUCUGUAAGAAAGCUUUUCCACAGAGUGGAUAUUUAAAGACACACAUGAGAAUCCACACAGGAGAGAAACCAUUCACCUGUACAGUCUGUAAGAAAGCUUUUCCACAGAGUGGAUAUUUAAAGAUACACAUGAGAGUCCACACAGGAAAUAAACCAUUCACCUGUACAGUCUGUAAGAAAGCUUUUUCAUAUGGUGGAAGUUUAAAGGAACACAUGAAAAUCCACACAGGAGAGAAACCAUUCACCUGCUCAGUCUGUAAGAAAGCUUUUUCACAUAGCGGACGUUUAAAGGAACACAUGGUAAUCCACACAGGAGAGGAAAAAUAGAUCCGGAAAGUUUAUGACAAAAUAUUUAAAAGUGUGUUGGUAAGGGAAUACAUUUGUCUAUUUUGUAUCCUAAUGCCGUUACAUGUAAUACGUUACUCGCUAAGACUGUUUUCACCCACCUGCAACCGAUUCGCUAAUAAUCACAAAUGUUCAUUUCUUCGACCCCUUGACUCGACUAUUUCUUGUUUAAUAA